CUAUAACCUGGUGUUGUGUGAUUUUUAACUCUAUAUAAAAAAAAGUCUGUUUGGGGAAGAGGACGGUUGUCAGACUUUAUGUUUUGCAAAUGGUGGAAAUAAGCAGCAUGUUAGUAGUAAUAUCUGAAGAGACAAAUGGAGUUAACAUUUCAACUUCCUGACCUUUCAUCAGAACUGGAUCUGUUAGAGAUACUUUCUAAUCAACCCGUUCAGACACAUGCCUCUGGAGCAAGUGGGACUUGAACCCAGGUCUCCUGGCUCAGAGGUGGGACACCACUACUGUGUCACAGCAGACCUGUUGAACAUAUUCAUGUUGAUUUGACAAGGAAAAUGGAAUCUGCCUUUGGUUAGCAGAUCAAGGAAGUUGCCAAGUAUAAAAUAAUUGCAUGUGUGUAACAGAUAUUUUCAAAUCAGCACUGGAUUGUUGAUUUCAGGGUCAACUGCUGGAACCAUGUCAUCAAACAUCCUUUUCACAAACUCGGCAAAGAAACGAAACACCUCUAUUAUUUAUAGCGUGGAAAGGGUGUCAUCAGAAAUAUCAGUUUCAAACCUUGCAGGACUUUCCAACCGAGGGAAGAAGAACAUAAAUAGUGAUUGUGAAGGAUUUCCACCAAACAAACGACACAAAGCGGAAAAGGACAUUAGAUCAAAUGAAGAUCCUUUUGGAGAUAAUGAAGAUUUCACUGCAGAUGAUUUGGAGGAACUUGAUAUUCUAGCUUCGCAAGUUUUAAGUCAGAAUGCGAUGCCUGUCUCCAAUGCUACAAAAGCAUCAGUGAGCAAUAUUAAUAACAGGGAAGCAUUAGGACUAACAAAUGAUACAAGUACAAAAGUUGCUACUUUAGCAACUGGAUCGUUAAGAAAUGUAAAUGCAGUAAAGGAACCUCAUGGGAAUGGUCUCAUUCAAAGUAAUGAUACUGAUUCAUUUGGAUUUGAGGUUCUUCAAGAACAACAUGAGAAGCUGAGGCAACAGUUUAAUGAACUAGAAGGGAAACUGCAGGUGAAAAAUGGUGAAAUUCGAGUUCUGCGAGACUCUAUACGCCGUAUGGAAUCUGAAUUUGACCAGCAAAAAAAAAUGUACAUGCUUGGUGAGAAGGAGAAAGCAGAAGUUCAAAACCAAAGAGAAAAGGAGCUGUCCAAAAAGGUACAAUCAUUGCAGUCCGAACUACACUUCAAAGAAGCAGAGAUGAAUGAGCUGCGUGCAAAACUCAAAAGUUGUGAAAGACUAACCAAAUCUGCAGUCCCGAGUGUUGCAAAAAUCAGCCCUAGGAAAAACUCCUCUGGAUCCAUUAAACCUGAAAGUAGUCCUUUACAGAUUGCAAGGAAUUAUUUUCCUGAUAAAAAAGCAUUUGCUGCCGAGAUGUCUCCUGUGCGUUCUGUGUGUUCUGCUCCAGCAGCGAACCGGAUCUUGGCUGAUCAAGAAGACACUCAGGAUUUGAAAGAGUUGCACAUUACCAGGAGGGAAAUGUUGAAAAAGUGUCCCUCACUUAAUUCCUUUCAGGGAAGAUUGUCUCAUAACAGACAACCUGCAAGUGAGGAGAAGCAGGCAACUUGGUCCAAUGCUGAUCUUCAAAUGGCGAAUAGAAGGGGCAGAGAAGCAGUCAAAGGUGCUGUACUGAUGACUGUGUUGCUGAGCCAACCAGUUGGACCUGGAACUUUGGGAUUGAGCCACCUUCUCAACAGCAGUUCUGAAACAUUUUAUGGAUUGAUCCAACAGCAUAAUUCCAUUGGCAUCGGGACUUCAUUAGCUGAGAAAUCUUCUGAAGUUGAAAAAAAAGGAACACUUUCCAGUCUAAGUGAGCUUCAGCGUUUAGCUAUGUGUGGCAUUAAUAUGCUCAUCUUUGACCAAGAAUCAUCAGAAGAAAAAUUGGAUGCCACAAAAGCUACUCAUGGACUGAGUACUCAAAAUGACCUGUCUAGUGCAGUUCACCUUUUGCCAUUAAUUGAUUAUUACCUUGGGACUUAUUGUAAAGCUUUGCAGACUGAAAAAAUAGGAAGAAACCCUGCAGGAAGCAGAAAUUGCUGCUCUCCCAGUUCUGUAGAGUCUACUGCCUCAAAUGUUGAUGAUUGUUUUAAUAAUUUGGAAGAUUUUGCACUUUCAGCACUUGGUGUUUUAUAUCAUCUUGUAUCACAUAGUCAAAAGGCUGGAAAAUCUUUGUUGGUCCCUACCUCCGGUCAAAGUAUUGGAGGUAGCACUAUCAUCACGACGCAAUCACAUAAGAAUGCAACACUGAGUAGGCAUGGAAACGAAGACGAAGCAGGGGCAUCUGAACUUCAAGAGGAACAUGUUCAACAACAGGGAUUGGUUGGUUUAGAACAACCUCGGCACCAUUUGUUCAACAAAUUGCUGCAACUUUCUGAUCCUGUGGUUGUAAGUGUCUCUCAUCAAAGAGAAAAUCUGCAGAAUCUAAGCCUGAGAGUUCUGGGGAAGGUUGCAGAAAGCGCUACUACUGAACUCCUCUGCAGGUUCUGCCAAUUAUUAAGCAGUGAAGUGCUGCUGCGGUGCCUGUCACUAGAUUCUUCAUGCUCUAUUGUCCUCCUUGUCGUCCAGCUCCUGGCAAAUCUGACAGAUCAUGUGGAACUGGCCUCGAAGUUCUGCUCACAGUCGGCAUCGUGUUUGUUUUUCAAUCUAUAUACAUAUAUUUCCUCCAGACCUGAUAGUACUGCUGCAGACAGGCUAUGGCUCCAGCUUGAACAAGAGGUUAUUCGAUUCCUCACCAAAUUUGGAUUGUCCCAUUCUGGUGCCAGCGCUAUAUUGGUAGAAUCUGACUGUCCAUGCAACACUGAGGUCUUGAAGACCUUAAUAGUCAUGUUACAUCGACAGUGGCUUACUGUUCGCACAUCCCAAGAAAAUCAUUCUUCAGUGUAUAAUCAGGCUGUGGUGCAGUUCCUAAGAGAAACUGUUUUGCUGCUGCACUGUCUUUCACAGAGAGACAAAAAUUUUACAGAGCAUUGUUUGGAUGUGUUACACCUCUAUGAUCAAGUUAUGCAUGGAAUCAAAGCUAUUUUAAAAAACAUACCAGAUCUAGAAGAAUGUGAAGAGUUGGCUUUGGAAGAACUUUGUUCCCAUGAUCCGGAAGCUGACUAUCAAGAACUAGAAACUGACUCCUUGAGGCACCAUACACAGGAUUGAAGAUGCUUCAACUGCAGUGCAUUUGUGCAUACACUGAGAGCUUCAUACUUGAAUACCUAUUUGUGUUCCAAUUAACUGAGCUGAUCUUUUUCACUGCAGAAGUCUGAAAAAUGAUAAUGAAUUGUUUUUAAAUGACUAGUGUCUAUCUUUCACAUUCAAACAACAAUGAAAUAUUUAGUGGCUUGUAACUGCAUUCGUGAAUCUCUCAGCUAUCACUGACCUUACAGUAGAAUUUGUUUGUUUAUUAGCAGUGGGCAUUGUAACCCAUGAGUGCAACAAGGGAAAUAGCUUCAAUGUUGUUUUUGAUCAACAGUUGCACCUCAGUCUGGCUUAUAUGCAUUUUUUUAAACCUUGUUUAAAAAUUUGCACAGGUAUAUGAUUUUGUUUUACUUUAUUAACACAGAAGCAGGUAUGAGGGUGCAAUAUUUUCAGAUUCCGUGAUGGGGUACUCUGGAGGACAAGUUCAGAAUAUUUAACAGCGUAUAAAAUGGAAAAUGUUCAAAAACACUGUGGAUUUUCUUACAUCUGUGCAGAAAGGAAAUAAGGUAGUGUUCCAACUCUUUGAAGGAUUUACCAUUUUUGCUGUCUCCAUAGUAAUUUCCUGAUCUCUGUGUUUCCUGCAUUUUGUUUUCAUUGUAAAAUUGUUUUUUGUGUCCUUGUGUUGAGUGAAUGUCACGAGUUAUGCCACCUUCAACAAAGGCUUGGAUAACUUGUCCAGAGAAGUUUAAAAAUGAAAUAUUAUUAACAGAAUACCUAUUCUUGUGGAAUAAAAAUGUUUAGUUUGAAAGACUGAGCAGCUUGAUAACUGAGUUAAUAUUUUUGUGCGACCAAAAUGUGGGGGAUCACUGCAACUUCACAGAUUUAAACUACAAUAUUUUCUGAGCUCUUCGUACAACUUUGUUUUCUUUACAAUAAAUCUAAAAUCAUCAACAUUA